AUGGCCCUCCCCUGGCGCGUGUCACGUGACGCAUUAGCCACGCGACCCAACGCCACGGCGCGGCAGCGGGGCGGUGCUUGGCGGGCUUGGCGCGGUUGCAUCGGAUCGAGGCAUCUCGCGCCAUACGCACGAAAUAGUCAUGCCGCGGAUGUUUACUUCCGAGCUUACCAACUAUCCAUACUUUGCUAUGAAGCGGUAGAAUUUGUAGGAAAAAUCAAGGAAGCGGAUCUCCCGUGGGAGAGGCGAGAACUCGCGAAGCCGCAGUCCAGGCUCAGUCCGCCCCCGCCCCCCCACCGCCCCCGCCGCCCUCCUAACCCCUCAUCUCCCCCCCGCCCGCCCGCCGCGGCUUGUCCUCCGGGAGCGCUCCCGGCAGUCCGGCCGCCGUUCCCGCGCAACGAGGUGCCUCCCGAUUGGCGCGCUCCUCCGCGAAGCUUCUCACUUCCCGAAAGUUUCCGCGUCGCGCGUGCGAGAGCGCUCUUGACUUAUCGACGAGUGCGAAAGGAUUGCGACCGCUUCAUGUGCAUUGUGACCACUGUCUACUUCAAAGUAAUAAUUCUCGAGCUG